AUGGAAAGGAGAGGUGCAGCAGUUGCUGGUGUGAGAGGAGCAGGAGCAGCAAGUGGCACAGGAUCAGGAGAUGCAAGUGGAAUAGGACCAGGAAUAGGAGCAACAAGUGGCAGAGGAACAAGAGUAGUAAGUGGCAGAGAAGCAGUAGGUGUUGGUGGCAAAGGGGCAAUGGGUGUUGGUAACAGAGAGGCAACAAGUGCUGGGGGAAAAGGACCAGCAGGUGCUGGUGGCAGAGGACCAUCAAGAACAAGUGCAAAGGAGCAACAGGUGCUGGUGGAAGAGGAUCAGCAAGAGCAAGUGGCAGAGGAGCAGGAGCAGUAA